AUGGUUAAACUGACUUUUAAGGAGAAGUUUUCUUUCAUGUACUUGUGGAGCAAGAUGAGGGUGGAUGAAGUUGGUGUUGAAACCCUAGGCAGGCUGCUAGUUGCCUACCCCUGGACUCAGAAGCUCUUUGAGUCCUUUGGGGACUUGUCCUCUGCUGACGAUAUUAUGGGCAACAUUAAGAUGAAGGCCCAUGGCAAGAAGAUGCUAGACUCCUUUGGUGAGGGCAUAAGACAUCUCAACAACCUCAAGGGCACCUUUGCUGUGCUGAGCGAGAUGCACUGUGAUAAGUUGCGUGUGGAUUCUGAGUACUUCAAGCUCUUGGGCUGCCUACUGAUAAUUGUGCUGGCUUAUUACUUUGGCAAGAUAUUCAUCCCAGAAAUUCAGGCUGCCUUUCACAAGGUGGUGGCUGGUGUGGCAAAUGCCUUGGCCCACAGAUACCACUAA